GCCACUUUCAGAUCUAACAGAUAAUUUAUAAACAAAAAAUAAAUAAAAUAAAUACGAGCUCUCCCUGAAAACGCUCUCCUCCUCUGCGGAAUCACGCUGAGUUAGAGAGAGAGGCUCAGAAGAGCAGAGAGAUUGCUGCGUUGGUUGCGGUUACAGAGGCAUUGCUCUGAGCGCUUAUUGUCUGUAGUAGCCGCAGCAGAACAUUCAAAAUUCAGCGACCAAGUUCAGGGGGCGACCUGCCCCAGGUUCGGAGGGUGAAUUCAACCACUCUUACGGUGGUCAUGGAUGAAGAGUUGGAGAAUGGUAAUCUCGGGCCCUAUGCGGACAGGCCUAGGACUUUUCCCAACAUGCGUAGCAAGGCUUAUAACCCAUUGAUAUUUCGGAUUCUCUUGGGAAUAAAUGUCCGAGUUCUUUUGGUACUCCUACUCUUGGGAUUUGGAGCAGUCUUUUACAUGGGAGCAAGAACAUCUCCCAUCAUCGUGUUUGUCUUUUCAGUUUGUAUCAUCAGCUUCCUUUUUUCAAUAUAUCUGACUAAGUGGGUCCUCUCAAAGGAUGAGGGGCCUCCUGAGAUGGUUCAGAUAUCAGAUGCAAUACGAGAUGGGGCUGAAGGUUUCUUUAGGACCCAGUAUGGGACUAUCUCCAAGAUGGCAUUGUUGCUAGCGCUGGUUAUCCUUUUCAUAUAUUUGUUUCGGAGUACAACUCCUCAACAAGAAUCUUCAGGCAUAGGAAGGUCAACAACUGCAUAUAUCACUGUUGCUGCUUUUCUUUUGGGGGCUGUUUGUUCCGGUAUUGCAGGGUAUGUUGGGAUGUGGGUGUCAGUUCGUGCAAAUGUUCGAGUCUCCAGUGCUGCAAGACGGUCUGCGAGGGAAGCAUUGCAGAUAGCUGUUCGUGCUGGUGGUUUCUCUGCCUUGAUUGUUGUUGGCAUGGCUGUAAUUGGCAUUGCCAUCCUUUACUCCACAUUUUAUGUUUGGUUGGGUGUGGAUGGUGCACCAGGUUCAGUGAAGGUUACAGAUUUGCCUCUUCUCCUUGUGGGUUAUGGUUUUGGAGCUUCUUUUGUUGCCCUGUUUGCUCAGUUGGGAGGUGGAAUUUACACAAAAGCAGCCGAUGUCGGGGCAGACCUUGUUGGUAAAGUAGAGCAAGGAAUACCUGAAGAUGAUCCAAGGAAUCCUGCUGUAAUUGCAGAUCUGGUAGCUAUCCCUUCUCCUAUUGUUAACUUUUUCUGCUAA